GGAAAGAAAAAAAAAUAAAGCAAGUAGUUAAAAAUUGUUGAGUUUUCCUAUAUAUUAGAGUACCUCCAACACUCGAGAAAAUGAGAGAGAGUGAGAGAGAAAGAGAGAGAGAUAUAUGAUAUACUCCUCUUUGAAGUACGAGAAAGGGCAAAGUUAUCGUCCAAUUUUAGAACUGCAAGCCGAUCGAAAGGACACCGGGAGGAGGAUCGCGUUGGGUCAUGCGAUUUAUCCGGUAGGAUGAUUUUAUUUUCGAACAGAAGAACCUUCUUUUUCUAACUCAUUCCACUUCCUAUCUUCCUUCCUUCCUUCCUACCAACCAACCAAUCAACAUUCUUCCCUGAGUAAUAAAGAUCACCGAGACGUUAAUCGAUGCUCGAUUUGUUCGACAACGAAAAUGUACGGAAGAAAAGUUGAGAACCCCGUUGGUUUCUUGGACCCGAGAAGAAGAGGACGAGGACGUGGAAAAAAAGGGGGAAUAAGAGGUGGCAGAGGGUAGAGAGGGGGAAGGAAGAAAAGAAAAUAUUCCCAUUAUAAAAGACAAUCGGAUAAGAAUAAUCAUGAUUCGACGAGACGAAAAGGAUGAGAUAAGAUCAAUGAUGAUCCAUGGCGGAAGUUCGAGGCACGAAGUCGAUUCAUCAUCGAUUUCCGUUUCAUUUGAAAGUCUAUCCGCGAAGGAUUGCAUUUAUCGCGGUGAAGGAAAUGCUAACAUCGUUGUCUCUAUUCCAUUUGAGCAUGAAGUAAUACGAUUCCGGAAAUCAUCGUUACCAGGUGAGACUUUGCCGGACAACAACUAUGAUGACAAUGACGACGACAAUAACGAGGAGGAGAAAAUACGCGUAAAACGAGAAGCAGAAUUUGUGAAGCAUAUUGUUUCCGGUUAUUUGGGUUCUUACAUCCGGAUACCAAAAAUCAUUCGUUACGAUACCAAAGACGUGGCCGAACUUCUUCAAAUUAUUCACCCAUUUCGUCCAGAUAAAAGAAGAUGUAAGAAAAAAGUAAAGAAAUAUGCAAUGAAAAUGCCAGAUUAUGCAUUACUUCCAUUGAAGUUUGCUAAACUCGAUCCUGAUAUAUUUAGAAAUAAAUCGAUAUUUGCAGUAGAAAUAAAACCGAAACAAGGAUAUCAACGUAAAGAGGAACAAUUAUUGCAAAUGUGCCCGUAUUGCCUUGCACAGUAUUAUAAGUUAAAAAAGAAAAUGAUUGAUCAUCGAAGCAGCUAUUGCCCAUUUGAUCUUUUCUCUGGAGAUGAAAAACGUAUGAAAGAAGCGAUCAAAGGGUUGUUAAGAUCACCGCAAAACAAUUUAAAAAUCUUCAAGGAUGGAACGAUCAUCUACGAUCAAGAAUUUUCAAUGAAUGAUCUUGAAACAGUAUUAAAUGAUUGUUAUCAAAGCGUUGAUGAUGUUUGUACCAAAGAGAGCACCAUCAACUUGUUUUGCAAUUUGACCUGCACUGCACUUUUGCAUUCUUUUCCUCAAAGCGAAUGCUCAAAAGUAAUAAUGCAAUCAACGCUUGAACGUAAUCGCUUUUAUCAUAUUUCUGAACGUGAUUCUGAAGUUAUUCGUGAUACCAACAAAGAAUUCAUUUCAAAAACAAGAAAACUGUUUUAUCUUAUACAGGAAAAAUGUAAUCGCGAAACUAAUGAUUUACCUAAGGACUGUGUAUUGGAACGAAUACUUUCCAUGCAGAGAUUACCAUAUGUUGGUACAGAAUACAUUUAUGAUAUCUACGAUAAAUAUUCUACAGUGAUAGACGAUGAGAUCAUAUACUCUCAUUUAAUAAAUUCUUCUCGGAAUUAUACCAAAGAAAAACAUGAAGUUUCCAAUGAAAAUCAUAGCAAUAAUUGGUUAACUAUGGCUUCUAAAAAUGGAGAGAACAUUGAGUUAAUUGAAAAUAAGAAUCAAUGGAAAAAGAAUUUUUCUUGCAAAAACGAAGAGUUUAUGGAUAAAAGUAAUAAUGAAAAAAAAGAUAUCGAACAUAAUAGCGAUAGGAUAUCUAAUAACAUAAAUGAAAAAGAUUUAAUAGCAUUACAAAAUUAUCUUUUGUUUUCAACUGCAAGAGACUGUUCGAUAUUAAUAACUUUUCAACAAUUAAAACCGGAAGCAUUAUUAUCUGUUCCAAAAGAAUAUGUAAUCAAAAUAUCUGAAGAUCUUUGUUUCCUUACAAGUGUGAAUGUUUCUGAUGUGGAUCCAAAAAGUAUGAGCAGUAUUCCAAGACAUCGUCAAAGAGAUAUAAAUAUUCUUAACGCGGUGACAUCUGCAUUAAAAGAAAAAUUAUCUCUAAAUGAUCAUUAAUGAAUAUUUAAUCAUAGAUAUUUAAAUAUGUUUAAUUAUAUUUUAACUUAUUGAUUAUUUUAAUUAUUUUAAUAUUACGUUUUCCCAUAUUAUUAACCUAAAAUCGAUUAUUCUGUUUGAAAUAAUUUUAUUAUAUUAUGAUAUGAAUAUUUUGUUAAAGUGGAAUAAUCUGAUUAAAAGAACAUUAUCGUUCCAUUAAUUAAUUAAUUAAUAAUAAUUAGAAAAGAUUGUUAAUAGUAUAUCAAAAAGAGGCUAAAUAAUUUUCAUAAAUUAUUUAAAAUAAUAUAAAAAUAUUUCCAAAUAUCGAUAAAUAUGCAGCAAAUUCAAAAGAAAGUAACACUUGAAUCUUCUGUAAACUUUUUAAAGUUUUAAACAAAAAGUACAAAAGGUAUCGAUCACUUUUAUGUAUUCAUAAAUUUAAUAAGUAUUUCAAAGUUGACAAAAUAAUUAAAUAACAUUAAUUUUGUGAUUUCAUUUUUAAACUUUAACUAUAUCGAUUAUAAUGGGUAUCGUAGUUCAGUAUAUCGACUAUGCAUAUAAUAGAGGCGCUUUGAUCGCUUUGUUUUUAUGUAUUCAAUCCGCGGGAAAAUUUGAAUUGAUUAAAAUGUAUUACAAAAAUGGUAUUAUAUAUGAGUGAUGUAAUUAUUAUAUUUCUUUUAAACACACAAAUUUUUGUAUUUCAUAAGACUGAAUUAUAGAUAAUAACUAUAGGCAUAAUAUCAUUUCAAAUAUAAUUACUUAAAUUAUAUUCUCUUUUGUAUUAUACUUUUUUAUUUGCAUCUUAUUUAAAUUGAUUUUAAAAAUAAUGCACAAAACAAUGAUCGUCUAUGAAAUUAUUUAAGAAAAAAAAUAUAAUUGUCAAGUAAAUUGCAUUGUAAAUAUAUUUUCUAAGGUGAAUAAAAUGUCAAUGUAUUAUUGUA